UGGGAAAAUGUUGUGGUGUUCAAAUGAUUGCCUAUUCUAAAUUAAUCCAAGUUUAGUAAAGCGCCCUCUCCCUUCCUUUAUGGUCAGCGUCAACAAAGAACAAGUGCAGUGAAAAUUUGCUUUGCAGUUGACCUUAGUGAUACAUUCAUGGUUGAUGGUAAGAAGAGGUCUUAACCAGAGAGAUCGAUGUGCAAUGCAUAGCAUGCUAUCAACCGUUUUCUUUUCUUAUGCUUUCUUAUUAUGCUUCUCCCUUUUAUGUUGCUUUGCUAGAGAUACCAUCACAUAUCCUAGAGGUUCGAUUAGAAAUGAUGGUGGAGAAACUCUUGUUUCAGCAGGACAAAGGUUUGAACUGGGGUUCUAUACUCCUGAACAAGGUUCUGUUUACGAAAGCUAUGUAGCAAUUUGGUAUCAUAGGUCGAAUCCACCAAUAGUUGUGUGGGUUGCCAAUCGGAAAAGCCCACUUCUUGAUGAUGGAGGAGUUUUGGCUGUCACAGGUGAUGGAAAUCUCAAGAUUUUGAAUAAAAGUGGAGGUCCUGUGUGGUCUACAAGGCUUGAAUCAACAUCAAAACCAGAGUAUCGGUUGGCUAAGCUCUUAGAUUCUGGGAACUUGGUUUUUGGUGAUAGUAAUACCGUUUCGACAACUAUUCUAUGGCAAAGCUUUGAACAUCCAACUGAUACAUUUCUUUCAGGUAUGAAGAGAAGUGGGAAUCUAAAAUUGACUUCAUGGAAAAGUCAAGUUGAUCCAAAAGAAGGUAACUUCACAUUUCAGUUUGAUGAAGAAACGAACCAGUUUGUUAUCGUCAAUGACUAUAUAACGCAUUGGACUAGUGGGGAGUCAAGUGAUUUCUUUAGCUCAGAAAGAAUGCCUGCUGGAAUAGCAUUUUUUCUGUCGAGCUUCACCAGAAGAUUUAAAUCCAUUUCUGCUUCCAAUUCAACUUCAAAAAUCAAAGGACCAAGUCUAUCACCCUCAGAUUAUAAUAAUACAAGGAUUAGGUUGGACUUUAAAGGGGAGCUACAAUACUGGAGCUAUAAUACAAAUUGGUCUAAGCUAUGGUGGGAGCCGCGAGACAAAUGCAGCGUGUUUAAUGCCUGUGGAAAUUUUGGCAGCUGCAAUCUAUACAAUAGUUUGGAUUGCAGAUGUUUGCCAGGAUUUGAGCCUAACUCACAGGAAAAUUGGACGAAAAGAGAUUUCUCGGGUGGUUGCAUCAGAAGCUCUGCCGUAUGUGGGAAACAUGAGACCUUCUUGAGCUUGAAGAUGAUGAGAGUUGGGCAACAAGACACUGAAGUUGUGGUUAAGGAUGAAAAGCAAUGCAGAGAGGAGUGUUUCCGUAAGUGCCGAUGCCAAGCUCAUUCCUUUGUGAAGGGGGGAGUCAAUAGGGACAGACAACCUAGCAGCAACAGUUGCUUGAUCUGGAUGAAUGAUCUUAAAGAUCUUCAGGAGGACUAUUCUGAUGGUGGGCUCGAUCUGUUUGUUCGUGUCACCAUUGCUGACAUAGAACCGAAGGCUAAAAGCUGUGAGCCUUGUGGCAUAAAUGUGAUUCCUUAUCCCCUAAGUGCCGGAUCACAUUGUGGUGACCCCAUAUACUUCAGUUUUAACUGCGAUAAUUCCACAAGAAAACUCAGCUUUAAGACACACAACGGCACCUAUAAUGUCACCACCAUCAAUCCAGAUAGAAGAACAUUUGUUAUUGUAGAUGAUUGCAAUGCCAGUACAAGAUGUCAAAGGAAGUUCAACACGUCAUUUCCAUUUAAGAUGAACGCCUCUAAACCCGUGGCAGAAAAUUUUAUUUCCAACGUCUCAUCUCAAGGUCUGGUAGAAAUAGAAAUUGGUUGGGAGCCACCUCCAGAGCCAGUCUGCUCUUCGUCUUCAGACUGCGACGAUUGGCCAAAUUCAACUUGCACUGCAACAGGAAAUGGUACAGCGAGAUGCCUCUGCAAUUCAAAUUUUUGGUGGGAUGGCAUGGCUCUAAAUUGCGUUCAUGGAGGAUCUUCGAGAAAAAAAAAACCAUUGUCUUUGAUUGUAGGAGUUGCAAUUGCUAGUGUCAUAGUUCUAUCAAGUAUCUUCCUUUACAUCUGCAUUUUGAUGAGAAAGAAGGCCAAACGACGAGAAAGGCAGCAAAUUACUGAAAGAAAUGCAGCUCUUUUGUAUGGCACUGAGAAACGGGUCGAGAACUUGAUGGAUGCAGAAGAGUUCAAGGAAGAAGAUAAGAAGGGCAUAGAUGUACCUUUCUUUGAUUUAGACAGCAUACUAGGGGCUACGGAUUAUUUUUCAGAAGCAAACAAGCUUGGAAGAGGGGGCUUCGGACCUGUUUACAAAGGAAAAUUUCCAGGAGGUCAAGAAAUUGCAAUAAAACGACUCUCUAGUGUUUCAGGACAAGGCCUAGAGGAGUUUAAGAAUGAGGUGAUUUUGAUUGCUAGAUUGCAGCAUCGCGAUCUUGUCAGACUAGUAGGCUAUUGCAUUAAAGGGGAUGAAAAGAUUUUACUCUAUGAAUAUAUGCCCAACAAAAGCUUAGAUUCCUUCAUAUUUGAUCGAGAUCUCGGAAUGUUACUGAAUUGGGAGAUGCGCUUUGAUAUCAUUUUAGGAGUUGCUAGAGGUCUUCUUUAUCUCCACCAAGAUUCUAGACUCAGGAUUAUUCAUCGUGAUAUGAAAACGAGCAACAUUUUAUUAGAUGCGGAAAUGAAUCCCAAAAUUUCUGACUUUGGAUUGGCAAGGAUGUUCGAAGGCAAACAAACCGAAGGGAGCACAAACAGAGUUGUUGGAACUUAUGGCUACAUGUCGCCAGAGUACGCAUUAGAUGGCUUGUUCUCUGUCAAAUCUGAUGUUUUUAGUUUCGGCGUGGUUGUACUUGAGAUUCUUAGUGGGAAAAGGAACACAGGGUAUUUUAAUUCUGAUGAAGCCCAAAGCCUUCUAGCUUAUGCUUGGAGAUUAUGGAGAGAAGAAAAGGCAUUGGAUUUAAUGGAUGAGACAUUACGUUUCCUUGUAAAAUCUCAUGUUUUUCCAUGA